AACAAGUGAAGAUACUAAAAGCCCAAUAGAAUGUGUACCCUAAAUCUCAACUAUAUAAUACACUCAUUCCACCUUCUCCUCCGUUUCUUCAUCCUCUUACAAACAUCAUUAGCAUCAAUGGCGGUCAGCGAGCUUGCUUGCACCUAUGCUUCUUUAAUCCUCCACGACGACGGCAUCGCAAUCACCGCUGAGAAGAUUGCUACCCUUGUAAGCGCAGCAAAUGUAAGCAUUGAGUCUUACUGGCCUUCUCUUUUUGCUAAGCUAUGUGAGAAAAAGAAUCUUGAUGAUUUGAUCAUGAAUGUUGGUGCCGGCGGUGGUGGUGGUGCGCCGGUUGCUGUUGCUGCUUCAGCUGCUGCUUCUGGUGGUGCAGCUGCUCCUGCUGCUGCUGCUGAAGAGAAGAAGGAGGAAGCAAAGGAAGAGAGUGAUGAUGAUAUGGGAUUCAGCUUGUUUGAUUAGGGUUUUUCUUUUUAAAGUGUAAUAAUGUUUGUUCUGUCUUAUUGUAUUCCAUUGUUGUUAGAUUUUGAUAUCUAAUUCACACAUUUAAAAUGUUAUUGAUUUUACAUUUAAUUGUC